UAUAGACAGUUCGACCGGUGAGCACACACAGUAUAACAGCCUUACAGAGAAUCGCAAAGAUCACUACUUGGUUUUAACGUCUGAACACAUACGUCGGACUACCGGGUUUCUUACACCUGAAUACACACGUCUGUCGGAUCACCAAGUGUCUAACACACACACACACACAUGUCGGUUGGAUCACCAGGUUUCUAACACACAUCACACAAGUUGAGGAUCCUACGCCUGAGUGGGGAUCGAGCCGUGCCAUGGAACCAUGACCCCAGAGGAACAUCUGGAAGAAUUCUGCAACGACGCCAGUCCCAACUGGUUCUGGUCUCAGACCAUGAACUACGUGGGCCAGUUGGCGGGCCAGGUGUUUGUGCAGGUGAAGGAGCUGUACCGGGGCCUGAACCCGGCCACUCUUUCAGGCUGCAUUGAUGUCAUCGUGGUACGGCAGCCCGACGGCACCCUGCAGUGCUCGCCCUUCCACGUCCGCUUCGGCAAGAUGGGCGUGCUGCGCUCCCGUGAGAAAGUGGUGGACAUAGAGAUCAAUGGAGAGCCUGUGAGUCUACAAAUGAAGCUGGGGGAGAAUGGAGAAGCCUUCUUCGUCAAGGAGACAGAGAACACACUGGAAGUGGUUCCGUCAUACCUGGCGACGUCACCUAUCGUGUCCCAGGGGGCGGAGCUAAUGGAAGCCCAGCUGGGGAGGGGUGUGUCUCGCCUCUCUGACCCCGCCUCCCUCCAGGUCCAGACCCUGGGCUCCCAGCAGACCACAGGAGGAGGAGGUGAAGGAGGGAUGAUGAUGAAGAAGAGAAGGAAAAGGAGGAGGAAGGCACGGGAAAGCGGAGGAGGGAGACGGGAGGAGAGUGGGGAGUACUCAGAGGAUGAGGACAUGUUCACCAUCGACAUGAGCACUGAUGAGGAGAGAGAGCACGACAACAACAGUAGCAGGGCCUCUUCUCGGGAGCUCAAUGGAGAGCAGGGCCCUAAGGCCAGUGUGUUGAGCAGCAACUACACCCAGAACACAACAUACACACACUCUGAUGCAGACUGGGCACGCUCACAGAGUGCUAUAAUAGAGCAGACACGUACUCUGUCUAUCCCUCCUAGUGGUGGUCUGUCCAUCUCCUGUCCACAGCAGACUUCUGUCUUCCCUUCUCCUGUCAGCAGCCCCGGUGGCUCCCGCCCCUCCACUCCGAAGAGUGACUCGGAGCUGACCAAUCAGAGCAAAGACAACCCUGAGAUUCUGUGGGCCUGGGGGGAGCUGCCACAAGCUGCUAAGCCCUCCUACCUCCCUCCGCCCCAGAUGCAAGAUUCUGGGAUGAAGUCCCCUGUCUCCAUCCCUGUGUGUGACAGCACACACUUCAGAACCAUCCCCGGAGACUGUGGCCCCCCUGGCCAGACCCAGAACCACCCAGACAAUGGCCCCCCAUCCCUCAACCCAUACAUGCCCCAGCCUGGUAACAACACGGCUGGGCCCGUGGCUGGAGGGGACAUGGAGUUAGUAGGGGCAGCCUGUAGAGAGGUGGAGGGGCUGAUGGCCUCCAGGUUGCUGUCAGAACUGGAUGAGGGGGGCCAGAGGAGCAGCCCGGUCAGACGCACAGACUCCCCAUCCAAGAGGAAAGACAAGAGGAGCCACCACCUGGGCUCGGAUGGAGUCUACCUGGAUGACAUCACUGAGCUGGAGCCAGAGGUGGCUGCUCUGUACUUCCCUAAAAGUGACGGUUCAGUGAGAGGGGGCUCGGAGACAGGGGCGCGGAGCACCAACCAAUCACCUCAGUCGGUGGGCAGCAGUGGGAUGGACAGCGGUGUGGACAGCUACGCUGACCAGCUGGGAGACAUGCCCAACAUCGCCAUCUCCCUGUGUGGAGGUCUCACUGACAACAGAGAGAUCACAAAAGAACAGUUCCAGGAGAGAGCCAUCUCUUACCAGCAGUUCACUGAAAACCCCUCCAUCAUCGACGAUCCCAACCUGGUGGUCAAGAUUGGAACCAAGUACUACAACUGGACCACCGCAGCCCCUCUCAUGCUGGCUAUGCAGGUGUAUCAGAAGCCCCUGCCAAUGGCCACGGUGGAGAACAUCAUGAAGGAGAAGAUGCCCAAGAAAGGAGGCCGCUGGUGGUUCUCAUGGCGCAGCAGGAACAGCGACUCCAAAUCGGACUCAGUGUCUGAGAUAGGAGUUGGAGACGGGGGAGAGACCUCUCUCAGCAUGGCUUCAGUCAAUGGAAUGAAGGAGGAGUCUUCCUCCAGCGAUGAGGAACACAGACCGUCCAAUCAGGACUCAGAAUCCUGUCAGCCCGAGCCUCUUCUCACACCUGGUAGUGUCUUCUACAGGAAGACCCUCAGACUGACCCCAGAGCAGCUGGCCAGUCUUCAGUUGAAGGAGGGUCCUAAUGAGGUGGUGUUCAGUGUGACCACUCAGUACCAGGGCACCUGUCGCUGCCAGGGCACCAUCUAUCUCUGGAGCUGGGAUGACAAGAUUGUCAUCUCAGACAUUGACGGCACCAUCACCAGAUCUGACACUCUGGGCCACAUCCUGCCAACGCUGGGUAAAGAUUGGACCCACCAGGGCAUUGCCCGCCUCUACCACCGAGUCAGCCAGAACGGUUAUAAGUUCAUGUACUGCUCUGCAAGGGCCAUAGGUAUGGCUGAUAUGACGAGGGGAUAUCUCCACUGGGUCAAUGAGAGAGGAACCAUGCUGCCUAUAGGACCUGUCCUACUCAGCCCCAGCAGCCUGUUCUCAGCCCUGCACAGGGAGGUGAUAGAGAAGAAGCCUGAGAGGUUUAAGAUUGAGUGUCUGACCGACGUGAAGCAGCUGUUCCACCCCAACACUGAGCCUUUCUACGCAGCCUUCGGCAACAGAGCCACGGAUGUGUAUUCCUAUAAGGAGGUGGGCGUUCCCCUUAACAGGAUCUUCACAGUCAACCCCAAGGGAGAGCUGAUACAGGAACACGCCAGGACCAACAUCUCAUCGUAUGGUCGUCUGUGUGAGGUGGUGGACCACGUCUUCCCCCUGUUGAUCAGAGGUCACGUCUCGGACUUCUCCUGCCCUGACACCUUCAGCCAGUUCACCUACUGGAGAGAACAGCUGCCCCAGAUCCACAGCCCUGAUCAGCCCCAGGUCCACAGCUCUGAUCAGCCCCAGGUCCACAGCUCUGAUCAGCCCCAGGUCCACAGCUCUGAUCAGCCCCAGGUCCACAGCUCUGAUCAGCCCCAGGUCCACAGCCCUGAUCAGCCCCAGAUCCACAGCCCUGAUCAGCCCCAGGUCCACAGCCCUGAUCAGCCACAGAUCCACAGCCCUGAUCAACCCCAGGUCCACAGCCCUGAUCAGCCACAGAUCCACAGCCCUGAUCAACCCCAGGUCCACACCCCUGACCAGCCCUUGGUCCACACCCCUGACCAGCCCUUGGUCCACAACCCUGACCAGCCCUUGGCCCACACCCCUGACCAGCUCUUGGUCCACACCCCUGACCAUCCUCUGGAAAUCAGCUGUGGAGACCCACUUCCACACCAGACCACCCCAUAAGUGACCUGUGUGCAAUCUGGGAAGGAAAGGGAGAGACACAUUUAUGAUGAUGACGGCGUGCAAAUGAAAGAAGCAUGUCUGCUCUAAUGUCACACACACACACACACACACACAUACACACACACACAUACACACGCACAGCAAUGCAUAAGCAGACCUUAACACACACAUGGUUGCCAUGUGCACACUUAUGCACUAGUGGAAGUUCUCUCCGACAACAACAGGCAUGUUAGCACUGAGUGGUAUUUCUAUGUACUCACCUUUCCUAUUUGUGUUCUACUCCUCAGUGUUCUGCUCUACAAUACCUAGCCUACUGUUCAUCAGGUGCAAAAGGUGCUACUUGUAUACAUACACUUGUAGUAGCUGCAACUCCGACAAGAAGCACUGAUUCAGUCAACCUGGGGGAAAUCACUGUGAAGAACAGCCUAUCAACGACAGCUAUUUCACCCAAUUAGCAUUGCCCGAUUGAUUCUAGCACUUUUAGUCUCCAAUGUGGGUACAUGAAACCGCAAUGCAUGUUCGGUUGACACGUUCAGAUCUAACGUUCACAUGAAGUGCGAAUGUAAUAAAUGUCGAACAAAGCAGGAUUAUGCUCAACUAGCGCUAUUAUUAUAGCGCAUGGCGAUAAUUCAGUUUACCCGUUCGACCUCCAAACAUUUGUCAAUAUAAUCAAAACAAAUGUUAUUUGUCACAUGGGCCGAAUACAACAGGUGUUGAAAUGCUUACUUCCAAGCCCGUAACCAACAGUGCAGUACAAGAAAUAGAGUUAAGUAAAACAUUUAAUAAAAGCGUUUUAAAGCGCGUUUCCGUUCUAGUAAGUAGCAUUCUAUAUUCUGUUUUUAUUAUUCUGUUUUUUUGUUGUUGUCAUGUUCUGUGUAUGACAGAUAUGUUAGUGAUCAACUGAACUGAAACAGGUAACCGGUGCAGCUCUUCACUAUUGUUAACAAGGCACAGAGGAGGGCUGCCUCUCUCUGGUUGAUGCCUCUCGCCCAUAGUCGUCAACAGUCCUUAUAUGGUCAUGUAACCAAACACCUGAGAAAAGCCUCGUGUAAAACUGACGUUCCUCUUGACAGUAAGCCGUGCAAGAAAACUCAGGUUGUCAGUUUUAACAGUCGUCUUUGUCUUCGUUUCUCCGCCACUCGUCACGGGUUUCCACGGACCGUGACACACAUGUUAUCAAAUCAAAUCAAAUGGCAUUUGCCACCUGUGCUGAGGUCUACACCUGUUAUAUUGGGCGCAUGUGACAAAAACAAUUUGAUUUGAUUUGAUGACCUGUCCGAUUCUCUCUGUGUGCAGUGACAUGGUUUUGGCUAACAUUAACAGGUAAUAUUGUGCAGACAGUAGAAAACAUAUUAUGUCCUCUGCUUUGGUGGUCCAUCAUCUUAAACUCUGUGUGUAACUGCGAGAUGAGAGAAACCUACAAAUGUAUGAACUAUUGAAUUCAUUUCACAUUUUUAAGCGAGCAGCUUGUGAACGCACUUCGAUUUGGGCUUUGGUUUUUAUUUCACUUUAAAUAUUGUGUUUAUGUGAUUGAAUCUGAAUAGAGUUUUGAUGUUCAUUCUCACUUUUGUACAUAGUGCAACCUUUUUUAGCGAUCGAAUUCAGAAACAUUGUCAGUAAAAGUGGCUGGCUGCUGGACUACAGUAGUUUGACCUUAAGGCUAACAACAUUUUUGCACUGACAGACUUAUAGUGUCCACUGAAGCGAAACCAUUGAGAUAUUCUACAGUCAACCAAUCAACAUUCUCCUGAAUUCUAGAAUCUACUACUUAGAUACAAAGAACUUGGACAAACAGGUUCAAUUGAACUGUCGCUCCUUGUAAUUUCAGAAAUUAGAAUGCACAACAACCUUGACGGUUCUGAACCUCCCCAAAGGGUUUUAAAGCACAAAGCACUAACGACAUAGUCCGUCUGUCCAUCAGAUCUCUGUUGUGAACAGAGGAGGUGGCAGGAUGUUUCUAUGGGUGGCUACCGUGGAAUGUGUAUCAGCAUAUGUAUAUUGUGCAAUUGCCAAUGUUAUCCUGUGUGUAAUACGGAUGGAUAUUCAAGACGUCCUGCAUUACCGGAAUGAAUACUAACACUGUGAUACAGUAUUUCUCUCUUUUUUUUUAUUGAUCAUAUUGAUGACCACUAUAAAACCUGAUUGCAUCACUAUGGAGGAGAGAAGGUUCCCACCGUCCCUGUGUCAUAUGCCGUGAUGAUUACUUUCAACACCUUUUACAUUCACUUUGGUUGAAUUGACUACCAGUGGGAUGGUUGAAACAUCCAUUGCCAUGGUUCAGGAGUAUUGUGACGUGGCGACUAAUGUGAGAUGUUGGAUUUACCACCAACCGAAGAGGUGUGUUGGUAUUAGGAGGAUAACGGAUGGAUGGAUGAAUGAAUGGAUGAGUCAAUGGAGGCAUGUGAUAUCACUGUUGUUGUGUUUAUUCCUCCUCUGUGUCAUUGUCUUCUGUUCUCCCAUUACUGUACUGUCACAAGAUUUGUUCCAAGUAUGUUAAAGUACUACUGUAUAUUCAGAUUAAAUGACUAUAUUCUUUCUGUGAAAGAUCUAUAUAAACAACGAGCUUGUUGCCUUACAGUAUGCCGUGGCUGUCUCUACCCUCGUUAGUUUGUUUCUGAGAUGUACAGAGUCAAUUACUCUAGCACUGUGUCAUGUUGUAUAGGUUAACAAUCCAGUCUGAAAAUAGCUAUAAUGGAAAUAGGUUUUUCAAUAAAUGCAAAGUUGAUUGUUGAUGGA